AUGAAAUUUGAAAAUCAUCACUUUAUUAUCGAUGCGCUUGUUAUUGCUAAUCAAGCACCAGAUAAAGCUUUAUUUAAUAUUGUUGAAAGAUGUUUACCAUCAAUGUCACAUGAUUUAGCUGGUCUUAUUCUUAUAUAUGAUCAUUUUGGUAAGCAUUUAAAUGAUACAGAAUUAACUGAACAUACUGAAUUAGAAAAGGAAAAUUUUAAAGUAACUGAAGUUUGGAGUAUUAACGUAUUUGAUGAAUAUCCUGUUGUUGCAGAAUAUAUCAAUCCAUUACAAUUUACUGAUGAUCAAUUGGAAAUGGUUGAUAGUACAUUAGCUUUAAAUAAUACUCUUGAUCGAUAUAUUAACUAA